AUGAAUACUACCAAAUCAGCACUCAAGCCAUACCAACACAGAGUCAAGUCUGAAUGGCAGGAUGACAACAAACGAGGUUUGUUUUUGGGAAUCAUCCAAGAGGGAGAAACCUCACACAUCACUCGACUGCACAACCUGCUGACUGCCAACCAAUUUGCAGAGCAGCAAGAGUUCUCAACCAAGAUCCAGUUGGCAGACCCAAAACAUCAUUGUACAUUCAUUGAUGACAUGUUUGGGUAUUACAUACUGCCAUUCCACAAAGACUACAACGAUUCAUCCAGCUGUCACACUCCAGUUUCAUCAAACCCAACAUCAAGAACCAACUCUGCUGAUGAUCUGGACUAUGUUGCAAAAGUGAGUGAGCUACAGCACAAGGACUUGAACAAGGCAGUUGAGAAGAGAGACAGUGUCUGCUUGUUUUGCUGGGAUGAGCUGUCCUUGCAAGGAACACACAUCAUAUCCCAAAAGAACAUUGGAAUGGCAUACAACGAAUCAUCCAUCCUGCAACGAGCUGGUUUGACACAGAAACAUCAAAUACAGAACGGACUGUUGUUGUGUAUCAAGUGCCAUGACCAAUUUGGUAAACUAAAGCAAUAUGUGGAUGUAGUGGAUGACAAACUGGUGAUCAAAGUGAUCAAUGAGACGAAUGACUCAACAAGUGACAAGCACAAGAAGAACGCACUAGAGUUACACAAGACAGCAUGUCUCAUUUGGUGUAUUGCUGGUGGUGUAGAAUCUGAUGAUGAAUAUUGUCCAUAUGAUGAUGACGAUGGCUGUACUCCUGUCGAUUACCAGAAUUCCAGUGAUGAUGAUGUUGCUACCAAUGAUCGUGGAACUGAUAGUGCAGUCUUUUUACACUGUGGUGAGACAACUCGGUAUCAUAUUUGGAAUAUCAGAUACAACAAGUCAAGUGUCGACAUGGCAAACGAUGAACUGGAUGUAUUUUUCCAGCAUUUGCUUGACCCAAGAAAUGGUGCUGGGUUCCAUCAAGAUUACGGAUUCAUAGUAUGA